AUGAUGCAUUGUUCAUCUUUGGACAUUAAGCAGAUUUUUGGAUACAAGAAUGUUGGCUGGACUUUACAGCAAUCUGUAGGGAGCUCGGGUGGUAUAUUAAUCCUUUGGGAUAAUGAUUUUUUGGAAGUUUCUGACUCACUCGCUGGUGAUUAUACUCUUUCAAUGCUCUGUACAAACAAGCUUGAAAACUUUCAGUGGGUUCUCACGAAUUUUUAUGGGCCGAACAAACCUGUUGAGCGAACUGAUUUGUGGAUUGAGCUUGAUAAUAUUUGUAGAUAUUGGAUCAAUCUUCCUUGGUGUAUUGGUGGCGACUUCAACACAAUAACCAAGUAUGCUGAGAAGAAGAAUUGUAAGAAGAUUACAAGAAGUAUGCAGAAGUUCAACCAUUUCAUAGUUGAACAUGACCUGAUUGACCUGCCUCUAAAGGGAGCAAGAUACACUUGGUCAAAUGGUCAAGCAAACCCGUUAAAAGCACUUAAAGAGAAGCUAAAAAUCUGGAACAAAGAGGUAUUUGGUCACACCAACACGAGGAUGAAUGCUAUUCUCUAUGAUAUUCAAACACUUGAUGGACUUGCGGAAGAUAAUAUUCUUAAUGAAGAGGAGCGGAUUAUGCAACUUCAGAACAAAGUGGAGUUUGAGAAGAUUUCAAAGAUGGAGGAAACUGCAUGGAAAAUCAAAUCAAAUACUAAAUGGUUACAAAAAGGAGAUAGGAACACAUCAUUCUUCAUCAGUAACGCAUCUGCUAGAAGAAGACACAACAGACUCAGACAACUUUACAUUGGUGAUGAAUUGGUUUCUGACAGAGGAAGGCUUUAA